GCAUUUCAAUUUAUGAAUGGAUAAGGUGGCAUCGCUUAUUUUCAAUAAAAUAAAUUAGGUGCAAACGUCAUUUGCGUAGAACCGGCUGAGCUUUUGUUGUGGCACGUUAAAUAAAAGGAUUGUGAUAAUAAAUAAUUAAUAUUACGUUGAAGGCAGUUCAAAUAAAGGUUGGCUUGUAAUGAUUCGGUACUCUAUAUCAUUGGUCUUUUAAAGAGCAGACACAACUAAUUUGGGCCGCAGUGCAACGAAACAGCCAUAACCUAAAUGAACAACAACGUAGUGCAACCACAAAGUAUUAACGUCAUCAAUAUUAACUUAUCGCAUCUUAAUCGUUGAUUCAUUAUUGCCUUGUUACCUCAUAAAAAAAAAUGACUGAGAAAAUAACGAAAUUAGCGCUAGCUAGUCGAGUGAUUAUAUUGGUAUUGCAGUUAAUUGCAAACCACCUGAUGCCUGAUCACAAAUCAGAUGUAUUUCGUUCACCGAUUGCACAACAAACUCAAACUCAACAUGUAGGAGUACUCGAAACCAACGAAUUUAUCACCCAUAAUGCCACCGAAAAUUCUUGGCUAGAUCGCACAGUACAAUUUUGUCUUGGCGGCCUGCGUCACUGGGAUGGUGAAUAUUUUCUACACAUAGCAGAAUAUUCCUAUUCUUACGAGAAUACGCUCGCCUUCUACCCACUGUUUCCGCUGGUGGUACGUGCAGGCGCAAAUGCUUUGUUUGCGCUCAAUAUGGGCGUUUCCUUGCGUAGCUGGUGUUUGGUCGUAGCCGUAUUGGUUAAUGUAUUUUGCUUCUGCAAAGCAGCUAAUGCACUAUAUGCGCUCACACAGCGCAUUUUUAAGGACCCAAAUAAAAGUUGGAAUGCAGCAUUACUGUUUUGUUUCAAUCCAGCAUCAAUAUUCUUCACUGCCGCAUAUUCGGAGGCGCUUUUCUGUUGGUUAUCGCUACACUUGAUGUUGGAAUGUGUUUCCGAAUUUCGAUUUGCGCGCACCACAAUAACACUGGCACUCUCUAUUGUGAGCCGUUCAAAUGGUCUACUCAAUGCAGGCUAUCCCAUAUAUUUUAUGCUGCGGCACACCAUACUCAAGUCAUAUCAACGCUGUUUUGCUGCUGUAAAAAUAACACUUUGUCUGAUUGGUGCACUAACGCCGCUCACAUUCUUCUACUUUUACGCAUUCAAACAGUAUUGUGUACCGCAUCAUACAGUAGCGCAUUCAGAGGCUGUGCUGAACUAUGCACGUGAGAAAAAUUACAUUUUAGCUGGUCAUCGUAUGCCGCAAAACUCACCAUGGUGUGAUAAUACUUUUCCAUUUCCAUAUUCAUACAUACAAUCACACUAUUGGAAUGUCGGUUUUCUACGUUACUACGAGCUCAAGCAGUUACCGAACUUUAUGUUGGCUCUGCCUGUGCUCGCGUUCCUGCUGUAUCAUUGCUUUACGUAUUUUAGACAUUUCAUGCGUAUCCUACUGCCGCAUUAUCCUAACAUGCAGCUAUUAAAAGAAUAUAAAUCGUUGCCAUUUGUACUGCACGCAUUGGUUCUCACACUAUUUUGUACUUUUUUCGUGCACAUACAAAUAUCAACACGGUUAUUGUGCUCAGCUACGCCAUGUCUUUAUUGGUUUGCUGCCGAUCAGCUGCCCAAGACAUUUGAUCUAAUCAAAUUGCGCUCAAAAGCUGGUUCUAUACUAGUAUGGUUUACAAGUUACUAUUUAAUUGGCACAGCGCUCUUCUGCAAUAAUCUACCUUGGACGUAAGGUAAUGAAAGAUUUGGACUUUUAUAAUAUUUAAAUGCAAAACUUCGUGGCGAAUAUGUGUGCGCGUGACAGUGAGAGCAUUAUUAAAUUUAUGCAAAGCUUAGCAUCACAACAUCCUCAUCGCAUCAUCGGCAUUAGCACUCCAAAUAGCUGAACGCUCAUUAACCAAAAAAGUAAUUAAAAUAAAAUUUAAUAUCAAUCAAAUUGACUAAUUUAUUUAGCGCUUAUUUUUAAUUCUUUUUUUUUUUUAAUUAAUUAAUUAAUUUUAUCUUAAAAAAUUAAGACAUUGUACAUGUGCGGCCUUAUAAUAAGAAAGAGAAAUUAAGUAUACCAUAUAUAAAAAGUAUAACUGUAAGAGACUGCGUACUAGUGUACAUUAAUGCUGAAAGCCGUUUAAG